GAUGUGGACUUAUAUUUUAAAUAAAUUUUUUUUUAAAUUAGCUGAUGGAAUUCAAAAAAUCAGCGCCUUUACUGGAGCACCAAUGACAAAGCUUACUCGUUCGGCCAAUCGGAAGAGAGCACUGAUUUAAACUCCAUGUGCUCGAUUUUGUUGGUUAUGUUUACCUUUGGCUCUCACGUUGUUGUUCCGGGUACACAGUGUCACUAUUUAUUUUUUGUACAAUUUGGUGUGUUAUUGAUUUUUGAUUAAAGGUUAGAGGUACUUUAGGUUUCACGAAACUUUUUAAAAAUAAAAGUAUAAUCAGUAUUUUUAACCGUACCAUUAAUAAUCUUUUUUCAUAAUGUUAAAAUACUGGUCGCUUGAAUAUUACUUGCACACAAGUUCAGCGUCAAUAUUUGACAUUUGAUAUCUUACUUAACGUUUGUUUAUUGCAGAAUAUAAUUGUUUAAAAUGUCGUUCCGUCGCGGAGGAGGAGGAGGUGGAGGAUUUCGAGGACGUGGGGGAGGAGGUGGAUUCAGAGGCGGCAGAGGAGGUGGUGGAGACAGAAGAAGUGGAUAUGACCAAGGACCACCAGAACAGGUGACUCCGUUGUGUCAUUUUAAAUGGACAGCACAGGACGACUUGGUUGCUAAGGUCAACAUUGAACAAGUUCCUUACUUCAAUGCUCCAAUUUACACAGAAGAGAAACAACAAAUUGGCAAGAUAGAUGAGAUUUUUGGAAACAUUAGGGAUUACUAUGUGUCUAUUAAAUUGUCAGAGGGUAUCAAAGCUUCAAGUUUCCAAGCGGAUACACAGCUGUACAUAGAUCCUGCCAAACUCUUGCCUCUUCAAAGGUUUUUGCCUAAACCACCAGGUUCUGUACAGAAACGGGGAGGUGGUGGCGGCCGGGGUGGACGAGGGGGUCGAGGAGGCGGUUUUGGAGGCCGAGGAGGUGGCGGUGGUUUCGGUGGUCGAGGUGGUGGCCGAGGGGGUGGUUUUGGAGGCCGAGGAGGUGGUUUUGGAGGCCGAGGAGGUGGUGGUGGAUUCGGAGGUGGAGGUGGUGGUUUUCGUGGAGGAAGAGGAGGCGGCGGUGGUGGUGGACGAGGUGGUGGCAGAGGCAGGUGGUAACCGACAUACAUGUGGACUUAGAAAGCAACAAUUUGUAUGUUCGAGGUGCAGCAUUGUUGUACUUGAUGGAAGUCUGAAACAUAGUACUGUAAUAUUGACAAUCUAUGUGAAAGUGCACAGAAGUUUUUUUUCUGUAUGACGUAAAAUGUAGAGCUAUUUGCUCAACUUUGUAAAUAAGAAUUAUGAAGAAAUAAACGUUAUUUUUAUUAAUAGGUAAAA